GGCGAGUUCCGAAAGGAUCCGCUCGGCUUUAUCGUCCGACUGACCUCCGAGUCGACUCAGUACUAUGCCGGCAACGGAUGGCAGUCGUAUCGGGACUACAUCGGCACCCGCAUCAUGUUCAUGCAGUACGCUGCCGAGAUCAAGUCGUCCCUUCUGGCUUCGCCAAAACUCCAGAAAUCGAUUCAGAGCUUUGCUCUCGCCAGAUACAACCUGGAGACAGACCAUAAACUAAACUUUGAGGAUAUGGAGAAGGAGUAUUACGCCAAGGCUUCGCAAAUCAUCGACAAGCUCAUUGCGAACAUGACUUCGAUCACCACCGUGCGAUUCAUUGCCUUUAUGACCGGCAACAUGCUGAUGCGGCUCUAUCAUCAGGGAAUACACAUUCGCGAGAGCGAGUGGCGCAUGCUUCAAGAAACUGCCAAGCUUGCCGAGAAGAAGGGGCUAUCGCUGAUCGUUCUGCCAUGCCACAAAUCGCACAUCGAUUAUCUUGUCAUCAGCUAUGUAUUUUAUCGAUUUGGACUGGCCCUGCCCCAUAUUGCUGCCGGCGACAACCUCGAUCUCCCGGUUAUCGGCCCGCUGCUUCGAUCGGCCGGGGCCUUCUUUAUCCGUCGCAAGUGGAACGACGACGCACUAUACACCACCAUCAUGAGGGAAUACAUUGAGCUGCUCUUGUUGAGGGGCUACAACAUUGAAGUGUUUAUCGAAGGCACCCGUAGUCGCAUCGGCAAGCUGCUCCAGCCAAAGCUGGGAAUCCUGAAGAUCAUAAUGGAUGCUGUGAUGAACAGGCGGGUGCGCGACUGUUUGAUUGUGCCAAUGAGUAUCGGCUACGAUAAGGUAAUCGAGACCGAGUCAUACGUCCACGAGCUUCUCGGACGCGAGAAGGAAAAGGAGAGUCUCUAUCAGCUCUUCAGUAGCGCGAACGUGCUGAACCUCAAGUGGGGGCGAGUCGACAUCCGCUUCUCUCAGAUCUUUUCCCUGCGGGAGUACAUCGAGGAACAGAUCAAGAGUCGCGGAGAUACAUUUGAUCCAGUGAACCAGUCCAAGGACCAUGAUGUACUGCUCCAAGCGCUAGGAUUCCGAGUGCUCAGCGAUAUCAACUCGGUCAGCGUUGUUAUGCCAACAGCGCUCGUUGGCACUGUCAUCCUGACGCUCCGUGGCCGUGGCGUGGGCAGAGAUGAGCUGAUUCGAAAGGUCGACUGGCUCCGAAAUGAGAUUGCGUCCAAAGGUGGCAACGUUGCUGACUUUGGCGGCAUGACGACGGGCAUGAUCGUGGACCGAGCAAUCCACGACCUGAAGCAUCUGAUUGGGCAUCGAAUGGAUCUUUUGGAGCCUGUGUUCUUCCCACUGAAGCGGUUCGAGCUCAGCCUUUACCGCAAUCAAGUCAUUCACUUGUUUGUGCCCGAGGCAAUCGUGGCCACGUCCAUCUACACCAAGAUCAAGUACGGAGGGCCGAUUGUGCAACAGCGUCUGCCCUACCACCCAACACUCUUUGAAGAGGCAUCGUUCUUGUCGCACCUGCUCAAGGGCGAGUUUAUCUAUGGGCCCAGUGGCAUGGACAAGAACCUGGAUGCGGCAGUGCGAUCGCUCCACGAUGCCAAGGUCAUAUCCAUCGAGGAGGAUCCAGGCGACAUAUAUGGUGUUCCGAGCAGUUACGAAAGCACAAGAUUGCACAAGACUGUUUGGGUGUCGCUGAGCUCUGAAGAGCGCAAAAAGGGCCGUGAGACGUUCGAUUUCUUUUGUUUCUUGUUGUGGCCGUUCAUCGAAGCAUACUGGCUUGCAGCCGUCAGCCUGUUCGUCAUCGUGCCGGACACCUUGCCGCGGUCUCGGAGUCAUGACGCAGAGAUUCCGCCAGAAGAUCGGCUGGAUGAGAGCUGCUGGGUCGAGGAGAAGGAGUUUCUGGAUCGCGCCCAGGCGUUUGGCAAGACACUGUACUUUGAAGGCGAUAUCUCGUACUUUGAAUCAGUCAACAAGGAAACGAUCAAGAAUGCCAUCACUCGUCUGAUGGAGAUGGGGGUGCUGCUGUGCCGCAAGUUCAUUCCGGUUCCUGGAAGCAGCAGCGAGGACAACGAGCUUCCACGGCCAAUGGAGCUUCCAUCGGUUGAGCCGACGGUGCGACCAAACCAACCAAAGACACCCAAGCCGGCGCUGCCAAGUGUGAAGUCCUAUCUGGCGGUCCACCCCAAUUGGCUCCCGCCAGAGAACCUCCCUCCGGUGAGGCUUGGUAGCUCGGAGCAGCAUCUGGAAUCGGUGCAUGAUCAGUGGGUCCGACACAAGCCUGCAGGCAAGCUGUGGGAACUAUGCGAGCACAUCAGCACCUUCCGACGGGAAGGCAAAAACCGCCGCGACACCGAGACCGUGUCGAUGCGGGUGCUGAGACUUGCUCGCAUCGCAGCGCAGGCGAUCAAAUCGGGACGCACUGCGGAUAUGGGAUCCGGUGCGUCCACGGGCGGCCAGCGUAAGCCUGGAGUGGGCGGCAGCGAAUCGAGCCCUGUUGAGGAGGCAGGACAAGUUGAUGGUGCGGCGGGUCGCGCAACCAAGCACGAGCGAUCCAAGCUCUAGUCCGCCUCGAGUAUGGCCG